AUGCUUUGCGCUGGGCUUUCAGCGUCAUCCGACUCGUCGCUGGACGGGUCAACGGGAUGGCUCGUCGACGAGCGGAGGUUCAGUCUCGACAUGCUUUUCCGGCCCGGAACGCGAUCGCAACCGUUGAACUUGCAAGUCCGUUACUCCCACAACGGCCUCUUUGCGUGGGUGUGGCAGAACCUUGUGCCUCUUGAACAUGCGCGGCUGGUUUUUGAGGCGGUCCGCUUCCAAGCCAAAAGCCUGGUCAACCUGGGACAAACCCAUAACGGGGAGCACAGGUCCCCGGCCGUCUACCGUCAUCGGAGAAGAAAGGCGGCUUGUCCGGCGAUGGUCUGGAGGGGUGAACGAGUUGUUGGAAGAAAGAGUCAAAGGAGAGAGAUUGGCAUCAUGUUUGAUGAUUUGCUUACGUCGUUGUUGGAAAUGUGCUGCGGUGGCGGCGAGUGA